CCGGCCUAUAAAGGGGCCGGGGCGCGGGGCCGGCUUUGUGGAGCGCUGCGGCGGGGCGCGCGGGACCGCGGUCGGGGAACAAAGGAGCCGGGCGCUGCCGCGGGGACCCGCCACCGACCUCCCGGGCCGCGCCGGGGCCUGCCGCCCGCCGCCACCAUGACCGCCAACGGCACGGCCGAGGCGGUGCAGAUCCAGUUCGGCCUCAUCAACUGCGGCAACAAGUACCUGACGGCCGAGGCGUUCGGGUUCAAGGUGAACGCGUCGGCCAGCAGCCUGAAGAAGAAGCAGAUCUGGACGCUGGAGCAGCCGCCCGACGAGGCGGGCAGCGCGGCCGUGUGCCUGCGCAGCCACCUGGGCCGCUACCUGGCGGCGGACAAGGACGGCAACGUGACCUGCGAGCGCGAGGCGCCGGGCGCCGACUGCCGCUUCCUGAUCGUGGCGCACGACGACGGCCGCUGGUCGCUGCAGUCCGAGGCGCACCGGCGCUACUUCGGCGGCACCGAGGACCGCCUGUCGUGCUUCGCGCAGACCGUGUCGCCGGCCGAGAAGUGGAGCGUGCACAUCGCCAUGCACCCGCAGGUCAACAUCUACAGCCUCACCCGCAAGCGCUACGCGCACCUGAGCGCGCGGCCGGCGGACGAGAUCGCCGUGGACCGCGACGUGCCCUGGGGCGUCGACUCGCUCAUCACGCUGGCCUUCCAGGACCAGCGCUACAGCGUGCAGACGGCCGACCACCGCUUCCUGCGCCACGACGGGCGCCUGGUGGCGCGCCCCGAGCCCGCCACGGGCUACACGCUCGAGUUCCGCUCGGGGAAGGUGGCCUUCCGCGACUGCGAGGGCCGCUACCUGGCGCCGUCGGGGCCCAGCGGCACGCUCAAGGCGGGCAAGGCCACCAAGGUGGGCAAGGACGAGCUCUUCGCCCUGGAGCAGAGCUGCGCCCAGGUCGUGCUGCAGGCCGCCAACGAGAGGAACGUGUCCACGCGGCAGGGUAUGGACCUGUCGGCCAAUCAGGACGAAGAGACGGACCAGGAGACUUUCCAACUGGAGAUCGACCGCGACACCAAAAAGUGCGCCUUCCGCACCCACACGGGCAAGUACUGGACGCUGACGGCCGCCGGGGGCGUGCAGUCCACCGCCUCCGCCAAGAGUGCCAGCUGCUACUUCGACAUCGAGUGGCGCGAUCGGCGGAUCACACUGCGUGCGUCCAAUGGCAAGUUCGUGACGGCCAAGAAGAACGGGCAGCUGGCCGCCUCGGUGGAGACAGCAGGGGACACGGAGCUCUUCCUCAUGAAGCUGAUCAACCGCCCCAUCAUCGUGUUCCGCGGGGAGCACGGCUUCAUCGGCUGCCGCAAGGUCACAGGCACCCUGGACGCCAACCGCUCCAACUAUGACGUCUUCCAGCUCGAGUUCAACGACGGCGCCUACAACAUCAGAGACUCCACAGGCAAGUACUGGGCGCUGGGCAGCGACUCCCUGGUCACCAGCAGCAGCGACAGCCCUGUCGACUUCUUCUUUGAGUUCUGCGACUACAACAAGGUGGCCAUCAAGGUGGGCGGGCGCUACCUGAAGGGGGACCACGCGGGGGUCCUGAAGGCCUGUGCGGAGACCAUCGACCCCGCCACCCUGUGGGAGUACUAGGCCCCGCCCCCCGCAUCCCUGUGCCCGUCCCCCGUGCCCCCCCCCCCCCCCUCCGCUAAUUCCUCUCCAGGUGGCACCGCCCAGGGUGGCGAGCCCCUUGCCUUUCCUACUGGAAACCCAGAGAAAACGGUGUCCCCCCUGCUGCCCUGCGUGGCCACUCCCUUAGCGGGACCGGGGACCCUCCGCCCUCCCUGCUGUGGGCGAGGCUGGCACCUCUUCUGACCUCAGACAACUCUGAGCCUUAUUUCCCCAAAGUGGCUGAGGGCAGUGGGGGCUAGAGCCCUGGGUGUGGCGGGGUCUAACUGGAAUCUCCUGCCCCGCCCCCCCAGCCGAGGUUCCCCCCAACUUCCCAGCAGCCGGGCCUUUGGCCCAAGCCCUUCGGGGGCCCCUCGGGGCACCAGCCCUGCAUCAGGAGGAACGCGCAGGGCCGGGGCUGAAGCCGGUGCCCGUCACCUGUCCCCUCCGCACGGAGCAGCCCCGCCCUGCGCGCCCCUGUGCUCCGGGGACCCUGCUCCUGCCUCUCACCCUGGCCAAACUGGAAGCAGAAAAUGACCAAAUCAGUAUUUUUUUUUAAUGAAAUGUCAUUGUUGGAGGUGGCGCAGGCAGGCCUCGGGCAGCAUCUCCAGGCCUGGGUGCCCCUGCUCCAUGGUGGGAGGGCAGGGAGGGCACCCCCCCAAACCCAGAACCUGCCUCCACCGCCCAGGGGCGCUCACUGGCCCCGCCCCCUGCCCGCCCAGCCAGAGCCUCCAGCCGGCGGAUUGGUGCUCCUUGUCUGACUGGACUCUGGGUCUCGGGGUGGGACCAAACCGGGUGUCGCCCUCCUGUGAGGAGACACCCAGCCCUGACCCUUGGCUCCCAGCUGCACCCCUGCCAGCCCCCCACCCCCCCGUCCGCCAUGCAUCUCACUCUGGGUGUCUUGGUCUUUUAUUUUUUGUAAGUGUCAUUUGUAUAACUAAAUGCCCAUGAUAGUAGCUUCAGACUGGAAAGAGCAAAAUAAAAUAACGUAAAACCAG